AUGAUUACUGGCAACAUCGACGGUAAAAUAAUGGUUAGAAGAUGGCUUGUGACGUUCAAACCUUUCAGGAUAUUUGUGGUGGGGAUCGGCUUCUUCAGCCUGUGUUUUCUAAUGACCUCCCUGGGGGGCCAGUUCUCAGCCAAGAGGCUUGGGGACUCCCCCUUCACCAUCCGGACAGAAGUGAUGGGGGGAGUGGAGUCUCGUGGGGUGCUUAGGAAGAUCAGUGACAUGCUGGAGGUGAUCCUGAAGAGGAUGGACAGCCUCUCCAAACUGGACAACAGAAGUCUCCUGUAUGGAGCGGGACUGGAUGCCAAUUUUCCUGCAAAGCAAAUGCAAACGUGUUCAGGCCUGGUAGAGAGGAUCCAGGCUAUAGCUCAGAACGUGUCCAACAUGGCGGUCAGAGUGGAACAGAUCCUCCAGAACAGCAUGGCCGCCGGCAGAGCAGUGAGAGACGGCUCAUCGGGCCAAUGUGAGGUACCCAGAGACCCCCGCUACCCCGACUGCCCUGGAAAGGUCGAUUGGAUGCGUGCCCGCUGGACGUCAGACCCGUGCUAUGCCUUCUACGGGGUGGACGGCUCCGACUGCUCAUUCCUUAUCUACCUGAGCGAGGUGGAGUGGUUCUGCCCCCCUCUGGCCUGGAGGAACCAGACCUCUGUCUCUCUCUCUCCCUCUCGCUCUCCCUCCCCCUCCCUAUAGGCUGCAUUCCGUACAGACCUGUCAUCUCUGCUAGACCAGGUUGGCACGGGCAAAGAGUCCCUUAGCUUCAUGAAGCGCCGCAUGAGGAGGCUGGCAUCACAGUGGGGCACGGCCGCCCAGCGCCUCCACUCCAAGCUGCGCCAACGCUGGAGGGAACAGAAGAAGAUCCUGGUGCACGUGGGCUUCCUGACAGAGGAGUCAGGGGACGUGUUCAGCCCCAAGGUUCUGAAGGGAGGUCCCCUGGGGGAGAUGGUCCAGUGGGCCGACAUCCUCACAGCCCUCCACGUCCUGGGACACAACCUCAAGAUCUCCAUGUCUGUCAAGGAACUGCAGGGAUUUCUCGGGGUGCCCCCAGGCAGAGGGAGCUGCCCCUUGACAGGACCUCUACCCUUUGACCUCAUCUACACAGACUACCACGGCAUGCAGCAGAUGAAGCAGCACAUGGGGCUUUCGCUCAAGAGACACAAGUGCCACAUCCGUGUGAUUGACACCUUCGGGACAGAGCCGGCCUACAACCAUGAGGACUACGCCACCCUGCAUGGCUACAGGACCAACUGGGGCUACUGGAACCUCAACUCCAGACAGUACAUGACCAUGUUCCCCCACACUCCAGACAACUCGUUCAUGGGCUUUGUGUCUGAGGAGCUGAACGACACGGAGAAGAGGAGCAUCAUGCAGAACAAGGUCAACAACAUGGCUGUGGUUUACGGAAAGGAGGCCAGCAUGUGGAAGGGUAAGGAGGGUUUCCUCCAGAUCCUCCACAGGUACAUGGAGGUCCACGGGACGGUGUACUACGAGACCCAGCGCCCCCCCGAGGUGCCUGCCUACGUCAAAAACCAUGGCCUGCUGCCCCAGCACGAGCUGCAGACGCUGCUCCGCAAGGCCAAGCUCUUCAUCGGGUUUGGUUUCCCCUACGAAGGGCCCGCCCCUCUGGAGGCCAUAGCCAAUGGGUGCAUCUACCUGCAGCCCAAGUUCCACCCACCGCACAGCUCGCUCAAUCACGAGUUCUUCAGAGGCAAGCCCACGUCUAGAGAGGUGUCGUCCCAGCACCCGUAUGCAGAGCAGUACAUCGGGCGGCCCCACGUCAUGACAGUAGACUACAACAACUCCCAGGAGUUUGACGCCGCCAUCAGACAGAUCAUGAGUACCAAGGUCGAGCCAUACCUACCGUAUGAGUACACCUGCGAGGGAAUGCUGGAGAGGGUACACGCCUACAUACAGCAUCAGGACUUCUGCGCCCCCGAGGCCCCCUUCCCUCCGGCCAACUCCUCCUCCUCCAAGCCGGGGCUUAGUAGUCCGGGUAGCCCUGGGCCUCAAUUUGUCCUGCUUCCCAACUCCAGUGCCCUAACCUGGGCCCCCGACGCCAGCGCCCCCGACGCCUGGCCCCCUCUCAGCUCUCUGAGGUUGCUGGCGUCCCAGGAGGGCCAGUCGUGUGUGGAGGCGUGCCAGCGUGCCAACCUGGUCUGUGAGCCCGCGCUCUUCCGCUUCGUCAAUAACAAGGAUGCCCUCCGUGGGUUAGAGGUGCAGUGUGAGGUGGUGGAGGCGGAGGUCAACCACGUGUUCCCGGCCUUCUCCGUCCUACGCCGGGAGUGCAGCCUCCAGAAGGACCCCCUCCUCUACAGCUGUGCCGGCCACAGCCCCAAGUACCACCGCCUCUGCCCCUGCCGGGACUACCGCCGCGGCCAGGUUGCCCUCUGCCGAGACUGCUUAUGA